AGCCUAUAUAAAGAACAUCCUCGUUCAUGUACUUUAUAAUCACGACGCAACUAGCCAACAUAGUCAGCCACCCAAACAGCUCCUUGCUCACGGGGAGACAAAUUACAAUGGAUUGACAAUGCAAACUCAGCUAUUAAACUACUCAUAUUCAUUCUAACAAUUCCGUUGUCAAUUUACAGCGCCUGAAUCAGGAUGAAGUAGUGAGACAGAACAACUCCGCGACUUCUGCAAUCUUCUCAAACUCCAAACAGACACCUGUUUCAGGCAGGCACGCAACAAUGUAUCGGUCCACAAAAGGAGCCUCAAAGGCUCGGAGGGAUCAAAUCAACGCAGAGAUUCAGAACAUCAAGGAACUGUUGCCCAUUUCCGAUUCGGACAAAGCUCGACUCUCCUACCUACACAUCAUGUCACUUGCCUGCAUGUACACCCGAAAGUCUGUAUUCUUCUCUCAAGACGCUCUUCAAGACGAGACCACGGACUUAAUGUUGUUUCAGGAGCUGUCAGGGCUGAUACACGAAUUGUCAGGUUUCAUGAUACUCCUAACAAGCGAUGGAAAACUUCUGUAUCUGUCAGACAACGUCGCAGACCACCUCGGGCAUUGCAUGGUGGACCUGGUUGCCCAGAGUGAUAGUGUGUAUGAUAUCAUUGAUCCUAUGGACCACUUUGUCAUAAGGAGCAACCUUGCAGGUCUACCGAUGACCACUACUGACACAGACAAGUUAUUUCGAUGUCGAUUCAAUACUUCAAAGUUCAUCCGGCGACAGGGUGCGGAGAACAAGUUGAUGCUAGUCAGAGCUCGCUGCCUCACCCCACCUUGCCCUGUCUCUGCAUACUGGACCUCCAACCCAGCAUGGGUGUGUUUCUGUACCCCCCUGAGGACAAAAACGCCUUACCUUACAAUAGCCAAGAGUGCCCCCCUCACCCCACCCCCUGAGCAGUCCUUCCUACUGGCUUGUUUCCACUCUCAACACCACAGGGACAUGAGGCUUUGGGAUGCCCAGGACAGUGUGAGUGUGUACCUGGGCUACGAUGUGGAGUUUCUACGCUCUCGCUCCUGGUACAGCCUGGUCCAUCCCAGGGAUCUCUCCCACGCCUCUACACAGCACUGUCUCCUAUUGAGUGAAGGAGAGAGGAGGCAGGUGGACAUGGUGGUGCAGGUGGAGGCAGCAGACCACUCAUGGGUCUGGCUCUAUAUGGUCCUCCAGCUGAACAUCGACGAAAACCCUAUCAGCUGCCACAACUACAUCAUCAGCGAGUCAGAGGCAUGUUCAAUACGCCAGCUGAGUUCUUGUGAGGUGCCCAUGCAGCCAGUUGGUUAUGGUCUUCGGUCCAACCUGUCGUCUCUGGGUGAAGACAACUUCCCCCAGACACAUGGAGGACAACACCAGUGGGAACCAAAGACCAGCCUUCUCUCUGUUGGACCAACCACUUCUGCCUCACUGACUGACACUAAGUCUGAUAUUCUGACUCAAAGAAUUACCUCUCACCUAACCAAUAUGUCAGAAGCCCUCCCCUCCUCCCUCACCAAGCCCCUCGCCCCUCUUACUAUGCCCCACCCUCAACAGAUGGGGGAAUGUGCAUGCACUCCCCCGUAUACCCCUCAUCUUGCUAGUGGAAGUUUUCCUUUUGUGGAGAAACUGCAACUCAAUUUUGAUCCUUUCAAUGCAGCUGUGUCCUGCCCAAUGGCCCAUGAGGUUAUUAACUCAGCACAUAGUGCACCAGCCUUCUCCCAGGUCCUCUCUUCCAAGCAUCCUCAGGUACUCUUCCUGGCAGAGCCCCAUGGAAAGCUGCCCCCCACCACCAAUAGUUUUGGGGAAGAUGAAUGCUCCAUCAUGGGCCUGCCACAGAUUAGUGGUCCCUUGUAUGUGGAUGUUCCCCACAGGCCCUUCCAUGGCCCUCUGAAUGAGCUCCUCCUAACUCCAGAGGCUUCCCCCACACAUCCUCCCUGCUCCUUCUUCUCCACGGAGAAAGAGCAGGAGCGAGAGAGGGAGGACAUUUCUCUCUUGGCUAAAUAUAUUAGCUCUUUAGCUGAGGGAUUCUAUUGUGACCCAAUUCUCCCCAGAAUAACCCCACCCACCUUCUCGUCUUCACCCAGUCUUCAGGCCACAUCCCAGAAUUCCUCUCCUCCUUGCGGAGCUGAGUGUCUGCCCUGGAAGGGGCUAGACCCGCCCCUUAGCCGAGAGGAUAUCUCUCUGUAUGAGGAGAGUAUGGCUCUAGAGAGCCUAAUUGAGGAGCUCUCAACUUUCCCUUUGUCCCCCUCUUCAUGCUCCUCUCCUCCAUCUUCCUCCUUUAAGUCCUCCCCUCCAUGCUGGCCACUCAGCCCAGUGAGCAGGUGUAACCCCAGCCUCUUCAAGGGUGAAUCUUCAAUUGGUGUAAACCACUUCUGUAGCGUCCAGUCGACGCAGUGUAACUUCAUGGCAGUGGGUGGAGCUAUGAUGGCCGUCGAGGCAGGGAUUAAGAGAAACGUGGAGGAGCCAUCUGAGAGUGAGAUGGAUACGGACGUGUCGGUGGAGCCUCUAUUGUCACUACCAUCAUCAGCCAUCGCUCUCACAGCCUUUCAGGAAUGUGCCCCUGCCUUUGUCCAUCCGGCUCCCACCAUCGGUUUGCCCCAUGCCCAGUCCCUUCUGGAGGAUCUGCAUACCAUGGAAUCUGUGUUUGAGGCAGAUGCCUCUUUCAACCCGUCUCGGGGUGACAACCUGAGUUGUAUCAACUCCCACUCAACCAUACAUUCACAAAGCUUCCACCAAGGUGCGGGACAUUUUUGUCAUGCUAAUAUAUUGAUAAGAGAACAGGCCAUUUUACCACUGGCACAUACAUUUUUUUCAUAGUUUCAUCCGAUAUUUUCCAUUUUACAGUAUAAGAUGCAUCACUACUAUCGUGCUUCUACACCUGCAUUGCUUGCUGUUUGGGGUUUUAGGCUGGGUUUCUGUACAGCACUUUGAGAUAUCAGCUGAUGUACAAAGGGCUAUAUAAAUACAUUUGAUUUGAUUUGAUUUACUAAAAUUUCAGUGUGAUAAAUAUUGGUUGCUGAACUAAAUUAACUCUUGUCCGUUGUUUUCUUUCAUUUCAGAUGGAACCCUGCGUGACCCUCUUCUAAAAUAAGUCUGUGACUUACUUCGUUCAGUAUGGCAUAUUGUCAUAUUUCAAGCUUUUCUUGUAAAAGCUGAAUGUGCAACAUCUAUACAAAAUAUUCAAAACGGUGAAAUGCAUAUUCGCUCCUAUACAUAUUUAAGAUACUUACAAUUCAAUAUUGUAUAAUACUGUUUUCUGAUGAUUCAGUUGUACAUGCAUUACUGUGAAUACAUAUGAUUGCUGAGUAACCUCAUGAUAGAGGUCAUUUAAAGUGCCAUGUUUAUAUUCACUCAUAGUGAGGAAGAAGGCUUCUUUGAGCACAAAAUAUAAAAUGGUAAAAAUGUAACAGACCACAGCAAUUUUGUUUGGUUUUAUUCUAUAAAGACAGUGUUUUAUACAUUGAUCUACACAUUGGUCAACUUGGUCUUAUUUUGUUGAAUGGAUGCAUUUUGGUUUGAAAAUCAUAAUGGGUUGUCUUUCAGCAGUUAUCCAUCGAUAGACUUCUGUUUUACUGUCAAAGUACAGAAUGUGGCAUUGUCUACCACAUAGUAAAGGUUUGAUUUCUAUAUUUUAGAAAUUAAAUGAUUAUAUUAUACACAAUAGUGUUUUUCUAGAAUAAUGUGGAAAUAUAUGUUCUGUUCACAUACUGUGUUUGACUGAUCUAUUGACUGUAUAUGACUCUAAAAGUGGAGUGAACUGUGUAUUACCAGUGUACCAAUAAUACACUGUAUGCUGUACAUUCAUAUAUUAUAUAACUCUGAUUUCUGUAUUUGAGUUUUUUUUAAUGACAUCCAGUACAUUAGCUACUGUACUGAAUGAGUAAUGGAGAUUGUUAAUGUGUUUUUGUCUUGUUGUCAAUGUAUUUUUCACCUGUGGCGAAGUAUUUGGAUACCAAUCAAAAGCAACUCUAUUAAAAUAUAUUUUGAAGUGUU